UUAUGAGGGCUCGUCUUUCACAAGAGGCGUUGCUCUUCGGCAGUGGCGCUUCUCUGCGAGCAAAAAAGAAAUUUCCGCUUCCUGCAACGAUAAACAACUAACGUAGCCAACUUGAGAAACAUUCGCAGCGACUUUGACGGUGAACGGUGGGUUGAAGAGCAACGCAGCGUGCGUCGAGCCUCGGUCCUCGUGGACGGAUGACUGUGCUGCAGUAGAGGGUCGGCGCUCCGACAAACAGCCGUUUUAUUCGGGUUUUCCUUCAUUGUUUUCAAACAUAAGGUUCCUCCAGCAUGUCGGAGCGGGGAGGGCUCCCGAGGACUGGAGGCGUACCGUCUCCGCAGCCCUCCAAACCGGUGGCGAUCACCUCCAAUCGGCCGGUGCACAUGAACCUGUACGCCACCUGGGAAGUGGACCGAUCGUCGCCGAGCUGCGUGCCGAGGCUCUUCAAUCUGACUCUGAAGAAGCUGGUCAUGCUGAAGGAGCUGGAUAAAGAUCUGACGUCUGUGGUGAUCGCUGUCAAAUUGCAGGGCUCAAAGCGAAUCCUCCGAUCCAAUGAGAUCCUGUUGCCAUCGAGCGGCCAAACAGAAACAGACCUGCAGCUCACGUUUUCCUUACAGUAUCCACAUUUCCUGAAACGAGACGCCAACAAGCUGCAGAUCAUGCUGCAGAGGAGGAAGAGGUACAAGAACAGGACCAUCCUGGGCUACAAGACGCUGGCGCUCGGCCUCAUCAACAUGGCAGAGGUGAUGCAGCACCCCACCGAAGGCGCUCAGGUCCUGGGUUUGCACAGUCAGCUGAAGGAGGUGUCCGUCCCUGUGGCUGAGAUCCGGGUUUAUUCUCUGUCCAGUCAGCCCAUCGACCACGAGGGACCCAAAGCCAAGAUGAACGAUCGUUCUCCAGACAUUGAUAACUACUCAGAGGAAGAGGAGGAGAGUUACUCGUCUGAGCAGGAGGGCAGCGACGACCCCGUUCAUCAUUAUCUAGAUGAUGAAGAGGACGAGGUGAGGAAGAAGAAACCCAGACGCAAACUUACUUCAAACGCCUCCAUUACUAGACAACCGAACAUCAAGCAGAAGUUUGUGGCUCUGCUGAAGAGGUUUAAGGUGUCAGAUGAGGUGGGUUUCGGGCUGGAGCACGUGUCCCGUGAGCAGAUUCAGGAGGUGGAGGAGGAUCUGGACGAGCUCUAUGACAGUCUGGAGAUGUACAACCCCAGCGACAGCGGGCCGGAGAUGGAGGAGACCGACAGCAUCCUCAGCACUCCCAAACCCAAGCUCAGGCCGUUCUUCGAGGGAAUGUCCCAGUCGAGCUCUCAGACGGAGAUCGGCAGCUUGAACAGUAAAGGCAGUCUGAGCAGAGACCCCUUCAGUCCUGGAGAGCAGCCGCCGUCUGAUAAACUCAAACACUCGCGCAGCCGCAACCUGGACGAGCCUCUGUCUGAGACGGACACGCUGGAACUGAAUGAUCAGGAGUUGUUCAGUGAAGUCGGACCCUCUAUAACAGUGUCUGUGGCUGAAAAACCACGAACACCCCUAAAAACCAGCAAGAACGAGCUUCAGUCCAUGCCAUCGCCCAGGUUGGAUGGAGGACACACACCCCGUAAGCGCAACACUCCUGUGAAAGACCGACAGCUCUCCAAACCACUGAGCGAACGAACCAACAGCUCCGACAGCGAGAGAUCGCCUGAACUUGGACACAGCACACAGGUCCUCAGGAAGGCCGUCUAUGAUCAGUUGAAUCAAAUUCUGUUAUCAGAUGCUGCUCUUCCCGAAAGUCUCAUCCUGAUCAAUGGCACAGACUGGCAAGGACAGUAUGUUGCAGAGCAGCUUCAGGUUCAGAAGCAUCCUGUGGUUUGCACGUGUUCUGGAGCAGAGAUUCAGGCCGUUCUCUCGGCUCUGCUCACACGGAUUCAGAAAUUCUGUAACUGUAACUCGUCGAUGCCGCGGCCGGUGAAGGUGGCGGUGGUCGGCGGUCAGAGUUAUCUGGGAUCAGUGCUGCAGUUCUUCGUCACUCAGCUGGCCAACAAGACGUCUGAUUGGCUCAAUCACCUCCGCUUCCUGGUCGUGCCUCUGGGUUCUCAUCCUGUUGCUAAGCACCUGGGUGCCCUUGACAACCGUUACAGCGCAGCCUUUCUAGACGGAGCCUGGAGAGACACAUUCAACCGAUCAGAGCCGCCGCAGACGGACGCGGUGGACGUGGCGCGCGUGGCUCAGUACAUCAGCGGAGCGGCUCUCACACACCAGCUGCCCAUCGCUGAGGCCAUGCUGACCUGCAAACACAGAACGAGAGACGAAGAUUCCUACCAGAAAUUCAUUCCCUUCAUUGGGGUGGUGAAAGUGGGUUUGAUUGAGCCUGGCCAAUCAGCAGCAGGCGACUCUGAAGAGGGCGUGGCUGUGAGUUUAGCCGUCCCCUCCACGUCUCCGCCCUCUCACGGCUCACCCGGCGGGCUGAAGGAGACGGCCACGCCCCCCUCGUCUCCGUCCAUGGGCGGCGGUUUGGCGGUGCAGGGGAGUCCCAGCAUGUCUCACGGCGUGGACGCCAUCGGGCUGCAGGUGGAUUACUGGCUGGCGUCUCUGGCAGAGAAGCGUCGUGAGGGCGAGAGGAGAGACACCGGUGGUAAGAACACUCUGAAGAGCGCCUUCUGGUCGCUGCAGGUCAGCCGUCUGCCAGGAGGAGGAGCCAGCGAACCGCAGGCGCCCGUCAACACUAUGGCCAUGACCGUGGUCACCAAAGAGAAGAACAAGAAAGUUCCAACUAUUUUCCUGGGGAAGAAGCCUAAAGAGCGGGAGAUGGACUCCAAGAGUCAGGUGAUCGAGGGCAUCAGCCGGCUCAUCUGCUCCGCCAAACAGCAGCAGACCAUCCUGAAAGUCACCAUCGACGGAUGCGAGUGGAACGACGUGAAGUUCUUCCAGCUAGCCGCUCAGUGGCCGACUCACGUCAAGUAUCUCCCGGUGGGAUUGUUCGGCUACAGCAAACCACCCUCCUAGGACGGCCCACUUUCUCAACCCUGCCCCUUCAACCUGCAACCUGCAACCUACACCCCAUUGCACACCACCGCCGCCACUUUCAUAACGCUGGCCAAUCGCAGUUGAGACGGGACUCUCAUGUGACUGUCUCUGGUGGGCGGGUAGGUGGAGUUGGAAGACGUUCCAUUCGGCGGCUUCGAUAGACUUUAUCAGCGCUAGUCACUUUUAUUUAUCUAAGGCCCCAGAGCCACAUAUGGGGGCCAAGCACAAAAUUUGGAUACACCACCAGUCGAAGACUAUUUAACAGCAUGACACCGCUUAAAUCACUCUCAACAACCCCCAAUAUGCCCCUGUGCGUAACUGAUCUCUUUCAUCAUUGACCUCCAUAACCAGCAUAACUGAGCAAUGCAGUUUAACCCUUGCUAAAAUCUACCAUGGGAACUGUAUUUGGAGAUAAACUCACAGUUAUUGUUACUCAAGUAAAAUCAGCUUCCGGAAUCUUUCUGUUACUUAGCAACUAGGGAAUUUUGGCAGAAACUAUGGUUGCCAUGGUAGUUUUUUGUAAACAAAAAUUCAAACAUGAAAGGAGCGCCAAUGAAAAUUCCAAAAUUAGCAAAUUUCCCGCCUGUAGUAAGAAGGCGGAGUUAAACGCCAAUUUUACAUUUGGCUACGAGGUGCCCAUCGGCCAACUGAGGAGUUUUUAGAUUUCCUAAAAAUAAUUUUUUGCAUAGUUUGUUUUAUCCUGACCUCCAACCUGCAUGUCUUAAACUACAUCACCCAUAAUGCACUGGCAAAGUUAACAUUUAAUGAUAGCUCAGUAGUGCACGAAUAGCGUUCCCCUCCACGCACGGAAGGUUAGUAGUUCGCAUUGGUUAAUCUAUGUUAACUAGAAUAAACUAUUUCAAUUUAGUUUUAUAUUCGUGUUUAAACACACUUUUAUGUGUCAGUUAUUGUUUAUUUUUAAAAGUGACCUUUUAGCUUAAAUAUGUAGCUCAUCUACAGGUUUUAUUUCGUUUCAUAAAAUAUCUCCAAAGAUCUCUGGCCAAUCAGAAUGUAAACAUUACGGGAGAGAAUGAGUCAGCCACCUUUAUAACACGGGCAACGGCAAUCUCGAUUUAUAAAAGAACUACGUCUUAUCAAUCAGCACAAGGCCUGAUGUAAAGGCUGCACGAGGUUGGAGGUGAAAAUGUCACCGAUUAAGCCAGCAGAAUUGGGGAAGGUGUAGUUUUAUUGCUGUUUUUGGUUCUUGCUCGCAUCUUUACAGCUGGAAACCGGUUUGGGGAGAACUUCAAGGGUUUCAUCUUCAUCAGUUGUCAAAUGCUAUGCACUUAAACUCGCCUUCAUUUCUUCAUAUCUUCGUCCAAAGCACAAGAAGCGACCAGCUCCUCAUACAGAAUGCCCAAUUAAAACACGAUUCACAAACACUACCUUUACACACUACAAAAACAUGAUUUUCUUAUUUUAUUCUUAUUUUGUAUUUUGUUUUUGUCUUUUCCAGUACAAAUAUCUAAACAACCUUAAAUCGAGAAGCACAUUUACUUGAGAAGCAAAAUGACUUAAUUUUGGUCAUUUCUCAAAAAACAGUACUUAUCAUCUUAAAUCAUUUGACUUUAUCUUGAUUUAAGAAGGUUUAGCUAUUUGAAAAUACUAGAAAACACUAUAAAAUACAAAAUAGGACACAAAUACUGCGAGAAUCAUUUUUUGCAGUGCAGCUUUGAACAAAAUGUCCAGACUGAUCUGAGAUCAGUAAAUCUUGAGCUACAACAUCCCUUUAUUUUCUAGCUGGAGCUUGUUACAUUACUGCUAAUGGCAGCUUUCACAGAAGUACCGUGGUUUUAUUUUGUCUAGAACUUUUGUGAGAUAUUCUUGUGAGUGGUAGGUAAUGCAACUAACAAAAUGUCACUGAAAUGUGGUUUUAAAAUAAUAACAAAAAAACUAUCUAUGAAAUGGUGUUGUGCCACAGUGAGAGUGAAGCCAGUGUGUAGUGCGUGUCGGUUUGUGCGAGUGUGUGUGUGUUGUGGACAGUAGUGCUCACUGGUUUAAUUAAUCUGUGGUGUUAACUGUACGUUCUUCACGGCACAAGAUUCGGCAUCUUUCCACCUAGCCGACUUUUAUCCAUUGCUGCUUGAAAUGCUGAUAAAUUAUUAAUAUACAAUGAUUGUUACAUGAUUAAUCUGUUGAACUCCUAAUAUUAUUACUAAUUUACUUUCAAACUGAAAGAGUGAAUCUCACAAAAACCAUAAAGAAAAUGUCAUUUCACAAAAAAAAAAAAAAAAAUAGAAAUAAGAUUUGCUUAAAGAAAAUUCAGCCAAAUUUAGGAACAUUUAGGAUUUUGCUUUGUGACAUGAUUGGUAUAAUUUUAUUAAAAUAAUGUGGCAAAAAAGUUUCAGUUUGAAAAAGUUUUAAUUGCAUACAUCAUGGUAGCAGUUGUUGUAAUUCUGUUAAUUUAGGCUGAUUUCUAAUACAAAUAUUCGCAUUACAGUCAUUAUUACAAUCAUUUUAAUAUAAUUAUUAUUUCGUUUUUUUGCGGUGAUAUAUGACCUGGAUGUGAGAUUCACCCUAAAUCUUUCUAAUCGGAGUCAUGUUUUCUGGAAUGAAGGUAUCAGUUUUUCUGUGGUUAAAAGUAUUAAGAACAACACAGUAUUAAAGUCACGAUGGGUCAAUUAGAUUUUUAUUUGUUCCUGCUUCUUACAGAGAUGUUUAGCAAUAGUAUUGAAGUGUGAGUGUCUUUCGUUUGUGUACAUUAAAUGCAUCUCUCCUUUUUUUGCCCGUAUUUUUAGAAAAGAGUGAAAACAUAAUUUCUUUGAGUUAAUGUUGGUUAUCAGUACCGCACUAUUAAACAAAUAUCCACACAUUAAUAAUUUAUCUAUAGCAGAUAAGUUCUUAAUAUGUUUUUAUAUAGAUGUUUAAAUUGCAUUUUAUUUUAUGAAUAUCUUUGUGAUUUUUAAAAUCCUAUAAGGCUCAUAGAAAGAUGCAUACUGUGGCUGUCAUGAAAGCUACAAGUAAUGUCAGACAGGCUUUUAAUAUUUCAGUCAGCGAUUGUGUCUGGAGGGUUUUCACAGUCCUGUUGAGGCUUUGAUCAUUUCCUCAUUGGAUCUGAAAAUCAUAAAUGAUUUAGAGGGUCGGCAUGUUCACCAAAGCUUAGAAACCACCUAGAAAAGACCCCCUACAAAUGUUGAGCAUACAAAGAGAAAAACCACGCUGAAUAUUAUUUCAAACUAAUUAAAAUGUCUGUACUGUUGUUACACUUGCUGUCCGUGUUUUAAGCUUGCAUGAUGAGCAAACGUGCAAAAACUUGCGGCAUCCUUCAAACAAGCGUUUUGAGUUAAAAAACAAAACAAAAAAAAAACACAAUAAAUGGCAACUAUUUCGGAGUCCAGGUUCAGAUUUUAUAUGGAUAUGUAUUGAAUGGAAAAAAGGAGGGGCAAAAAAAGUAUCACUGCCAAAGAGUGUCAGCUGUUACAUUUUGUUUUGUUUGUUUGUGUUUUUGUAUGUAUGGAAAAUUAUUUUCAGUAUUUAUGGAGCAGUCUGGAAUGGGAAGUACUGAAUUUUCCAAUCGAUUCAUUUCAAUAUGAAAAGAGAGAGUUUUCAACAACUACUAAUUUCCGUUCCGUCACUCGAACAUGGACUGUCUCUUUAUGCGUGUGCCGUGUGGAGUCUGGUCUUUGCCUGUCCUCGUACCUCUGUAUGUACCUGUGUUGAUUUGUCAUGUGAAAGUUCAACAACAUGAUGUGGAUUUGAGCAUUCUGAUUGGUCGACUAAUUAUCCCAACGGCCAAUCAGAGUGGCGCUCGUCUGCUACAAAUACUUUUUGUCAAUGUAAUCUGUCGAGAGAUAAAAUGCCUGAAUUCCACAAGCUUCGGAUUCAAACCGCAGAAUCGGCCAAAGUUAGCCUGCUGUGUAAAGUAAAUCAUUGCGUAAUAUUUAGUCGUGGAAGAUCAAGAACCGAGCUUGUGGAUGAGAUAAGUAUUUUUGCACAUGCAUUUGUUAUCUUUUAGCAGUCUUCAGCUCUUUGCCUUUUUGCCUUUAGACAAAAACGCUUGUACAUAUCCAAAGUGCUUGUAAUAUGAACUCAUGUUCCUUUAUUGUGUUAUUUUUUUAUUUGACAUGUUUUUGUAGUUCUGCUUUUUCAUAAUUGAGUUGUCAAUCAAUAGAUGUGGUAUGGACAGUGGAAGUGUUACUUGUAUUCUUUUUUUAUUUAAUAAACACAUGAUUUGUAAAUUC